AGUCACGUGAUCUUACAUCAUCCCACCUCCUUUCCCUGAAAUCUCUGGCCCGGAUGCGUCCCUCUUUCUCCACCCCGCCGAGCCUAAACUAGUGACGGGGAGGGAGACGGGAUAGUGUUUCUGUUUCGUGGUCUCUGAAUCCACAACCUCUAGUCUGAACACAGAGAACACAAAUUUGUCGAUUACUUCAGGAAGCCCAGGGGGAACCGCGCCCCGCUGAAGGGCUCGGGGAAGGCGCGCUCCCGCGUCCCGCCCCCUCCUCCCCCAGCACUCACACUGUGGUAGCGGCGGAGGGCGGAGGGAUCCGGAGGCGGCGGAGGGAGACGUCAUUGCAGGGUUGUUUGUCAGUCUCGGCGGCGGCGGCGGCGGCGGCGAUCCACAGUGAUUCGGCCGCCGCGCCGGGGGGUGGGGGGGCUGCGCGGGACUCUUUUUUUUCAGACUGACCGCGGGGCAGCUGCGGAGCAUGUCGACCCCGGCCCGGAGGAGGCUCAUGCGGGAUUUCAAGCGGUUACAAGAGGACCCACCUGUGGGUGUCAGUGGCGCACCAUCUGAAAACAACAUCAUGCAGUGGAAUGCAGUUAUAUUUGGACCAGAAGGGACACCUUUUGAAGAUGGUACUUUUAAACUAGUAAUAGAAUUUUCUGAAGAAUAUCCAAAUAAACCACCAACUGUUAGGUUUUUAUCCAAAAUGUUUCAUCCAAAUGUGUAUGCUGAUGGUAGCAUAUGUUUAGAUAUCCUUCAGAAUCGAUGGAGUCCAACAUAUGAUGUAUCUUCUAUCUUAACAUCAAUUCAGUCUCUGCUGGAUGAACCGAAUCCUAACAGUCCAGCCAAUAGCCAGGCAGCACAGCUUUAUCAGGAAAACAAACGAGAAUAUGAGAAAAGAGUUUCGGCCAUUGUUGAACAAAGCUGGAAUGAUUCAUAAUAGACAACUGGUCUGUUAAUCUUUUUCAUCAUUGUUGUGUAUAAUUUACCUCUCAGUAGAAAGGCUAACAAAUUUUAAGUGCCACAGGUUUUAAGGAUUCUGCAGAAAAAAAAGAAAAAAGUCCUUCAGUUUAGAACCUACAAAAGCUUGUGUAUCUUGAUUAAUGUACUUUUUAUUGCAUGGUGUGAACUAAGUUAUUGCUGCAUAAAUUUGUAAUAUAUCCUGUUUGUAUUUUUUUCCAAGUGUAUAAUGUUGGUGUGGAGUUUUCAUGACAGAAUAUACACAUUUUGUAAAUCUGUACUUUUUUCAAAUAUUGAAUGCCUUAUUUUUGAAUUCUUUAGAUUUUUAAAUUGGAGAAAAGCACUUAAAGUUUUUUAUAUAUGAAUAUUACAUGUAAAGCUGUUAAAAUACAUAACUUCAGUGCAAGAGACUUUGUCACUUAUUUCCUUAUGUGUGUAGGAGGGGUUAAUAAGUCUCUAGCUCUCCAUCUAUUGAUAGUUUCAUUUACAAUUUCAAAAGAACAUUCUUAUAUUUUAUCAAGGAAGUCUUCAAAUUUUAUUCUAAAUAGCGAUUAUAAUCUCCAACUUUAUUUUGAAUGUACCUCUAUUAGUUUCAAUUGAGUAAUUCUAGACAUAACUGGUUUGAUUCUGUCCAACUCUGUAUUUAGGCCAUUUGUUACAGUUUCUUCAUGCAUUACUUACUGUUAAAACUGUACCUUUUGCGAUUUCACAGUUGGCACUUCUGCCAUGAGCAGAGAACUGAUGCGACUUGUUUUGCUGCUUGGUAGCACUUUAAAAAAUUUUUUGAUUAAUGAAGAAAGUAAAACCAUAAACAUUUGCCAAAAAUUCAUGCCCCAGUAUUAGCAAUGAAUUAGUUGCAUUGGUUUGAGAAAGGCACAUAUUGGAGGGAAAUCUUGGUGUAACUUAAAUAUUUGAAAAUUACCUUUAAUGCAAUGCAUAUCUGUUUAUUCUGGGAAAUGUUUUAAUGCCAGGGCCUGCUGAGUUGCUUCUUCUUGUGGAGAUUUUUUUUUUUAAUCUCCUGAGUUGUAUAAAAGUUGUGCUGCAUCUUAGUUUACUGGAUAAAUUUAAAACACAGUAUUGUAGAAAGCUAAUACAAAACUAUCCUAUGCCUUCAAAUAGUAUAGAAAAUGGAAAAUAUACAAGUAAAUUCUGUUGAACCACC